AUGUUUUCAGUGUUAUGUCUUUUUCCUGAAUUGGGUAGGUAUUUUCUACAACCAAUAGAGUUGAAGGAGCGUGCCUCCGUCCGCGUGUACGGAGGCACGUUGCGCACGGUGUACCAGCGUGCGUGCCUCCGUGCUGAUGACUUCCCUUACAUUGCUAUAGACACUGAGUUUUCGGGUAUUGCUCUUCGUCCCUUGGGCAAUUUUAAGAGCUCGUCUGAGUAUCAUUUUCACACACUGAAGGUCAACGUGGAUCUUCUUAAGGUAAUUCAGUUAGGCCUCACCUUUUUCGAUGAGAAGGAAAACCUUCCCACAUGUGGAAUUGGUAAAUACUAUAUUUGGCAAUUCAAUUUUCGUGAGUUUGAUCGUGAUGAGGACGUUUAUGCACAUGACUCUAUAGAGCUGUUAACUCAUAGUGGCAUUGAUUUCGAGAAAAAUAUUGAGCAAGGUAUUGAUGCUUAUCGCUUUAGUGACCUUAUGAUGUCAUCGGGGAUAGUGUUGAAUGAUAAUGUGCAUUGGGUGACUUUUCAUAGUGCCUAUGAUUUUGGGUACUUGCUGAAGCUGUUGACUUGCUAG